AUGUAAUUGAAUGUUUUCAUGUAAGUACUGAGGUCUGCAAGGAAACAGUUGCAGCCAGUUAAUGUUAGAUUGACUACCGGGGCCAACCGGUGGGCGGCGUAACUGCACAAGGCCCCUGCAUGAUCCAACUCUUGUGAAAUUUAAAAUUAUAUCGUUUUUCACUAAGUUAAUUAACCUUCGCCAAUCUAUGUAACGGAUGGCCCAUCGCGACAACUUUGAACCGGGCCCUGCUAUUUCUCGGGCCUGCCCUGUCGAUCACCUAAAACUUUUUCCGGGAAGAACAUUAUAUCGUGCGUAGAUCGUCGAGGUUCCUGCUACAGGAUAAUUGGAAAAACUUUUUUAAAAAAACAUAAGCAAUGUGGGUGUGUCUAGCCAAAAUAGAAGGAACUUACGACAAAGAUGAAAUGAAAAUCAACGAGAGAAUGAAGCUUAAGUUUAACUGGAAGAAAAUUAAAUUAAAAUACGUCGUUUUUUGUGUUGUCCUAGUGUUUCUGCUGGAUUUCUUUGGUGCUUUUACACACUUUUUUGAAUUGGACUACCAUACCAAAUUUGUGUAUCCAUUAGAUAUUGAUAUUCAGGACGUUCUUUUUAAAUUAAAAAAUGGAAUGCAGCCCGAUAUUAAACCCAUCAAUGAAUAUAAUUACAGAUUUAAGAUAAAGAAUGAAAAUAAAUGCAAAAUUAAAGAUGGGAAAUUUCACGAGGUUAGACUGUUGUAUGUAAUUAAAUCUGCUCUCAGGAAUGUUUUGCAAAGAAAUGCCAUAAGAAACUCUUGGGGUUGGGAAAAACGUUUUUCGGAUGUGACAAUUAAGAGAGUAUUCAUUCUUGGGAUUGAUCCAAAUGAUCCUUUGCUUCAGGACAAAAUAGAUGAAGAAUUUAAUAAACAUAAUGACAUCAUUCAAGCAGAUUUCAUUGAUACUUAUUAUAAUAACACAAUCAAGACGAUGUUAUCUUUCAAGUGGGUGGUACACUAUUGUCCGAGAGCUCAAUAUAUAUUUUUUUCCGACGAUGACAUGUACGUCUCUACAAAAAACGUUUUGGCAUUCAUUCGUAAUCCUUUAAAUAUACAACUUGGUGAAAGGAGAAGACUACUGUACGAGCACGAUAUAUAUAAUGGCAAAUUGCUUGCUGGAUACGUAUUCUUCUCUCCUCCUAUGAGACAUAAAAUCAGCAAGUGGUAUAUAUCGUUAAAAGAAUAUCCUUAUUCUAAAUACCCACCGUACGUUACAGCAGGUGCUUAUUUAGUGUCAUAUCCGGCACUGCUCGAUUUAUACUAUACUAGUCUGUAUACAAAGAACUUCAGGUUUGACGAUAUUUAUCUUGGAAUUCUUGCAAGAAAGGCUGAAAUUGAUCCACUUCACAACAAAAACUUUUACUUUUGGAAAAAAGAUUAUACGAAAGAUUCCUAUGCAUCUGUCAUUGCAUCGCAUGGUUACGGGGAUCCGGACGAGUUGCUAAAAGUGUGGAAUGAGCAAAGAAGUUUAGGGCACGCGUGAAUAUUAGAAAAAGGUACUGUUUAUGUAGAGAGCAUAUUUACAAUAAAACAAAUAUGAGAAAGUGUUCUAGAAUGUUUUUAUUACUGAAUGUCAGUCGGCACAACUAUCCACACACAAAAAUUUACAUAUAUUUGAAGACCAAUAGAUUUAGCCUCAGUUAUUGCAAAGUAGUAUGAUAGGAACCAAUUUUAAUUAUGACUAAAUCUUUUGUUUUCUUUCUUAAAUUAAUACAUACGUAAAGAAAAUUAAAAUAUACAUAAAUCUGUGCAUAAUAUAUUUUGUUACAUUAGAGAGAUGCUUAUAAAUAUUCUUGAUUGUGUAUGCAGAUAAAAUAUAGAAUAUAUUAAAAGUAUAUGUUUGUAUGGUACAGGUUCACUUGUGAUAUAUUAAGUUUCAAAUAAAUAUACAAGCUAGUAGCACAUAUUCUAUGUUAUUGAAUAUAAAUAUAUAUAUAUUAUAUACACAUAUGUUUAUAUAAUUAGCCUUUGAAAAGGAGUUGUGAUAUUUAAAAUUAAAAAAAUAGCAAAGCGCAACUUUUGAUUUUUAAUGGUUCGGACUGCUGAAAGAUUUUAGAUGGACUCAUAUACAUUGCAUUGAAUUAGCAUUUUAUAAAUGAAUCUGAAUAUAUUAAUGUUUAAAAAUAAUAAUUUUUUAAUACAUUAAUUAUAUAUAUAUAUAGAUAUUGCUUAGACUUUAAAGAUAAAUUUAAGGCAGUAUCUUUCUAUAGAAUGAUUUAUAUAAAUCAUAAAAAGUGCAGCUAUAUUAUAUAUAUAUAUAUUAAGAUAUACAUUAUUAACAGUUUCAUAUACACGUAUAUGAAUUAAGAAUAGUUUUUAUAUUUAUUUAGUGUGAUAAAAAUAAAUGUUUAAU